AUGCUCAAGGAGCUUACAGGUCAAGCUCAAGGCUACUUGAAUAACCGCAAACCUUUCACCGCUGUGACGGACUGGAUCGAUCGGUUGUGCACCCAGCGCUAUGCCGAAGAAGAGUACGAUGGCAUCCCCGAGCUGGUCGAGGCCAUCAACCUCCAGGCCACGGGCCCCACCGAGGCGAGCCGAGCUCUGCGCAAGAAGCUCAAGUACUCUAACGUGCACGGCCAGAAGCGUGCGCUGAUCCUGCUCAAGGCGCUUGUCGAAAACUGCGGCCAGCGCUUCCAGACCACUUUCGCCAAUGAACAGCUUGUCGAUCGCAUCAAGAUCAUGUCGCAGGAUCAGCUCGUGGAUGCGUCGGUGCGCAAGCUGCUCAUGCGUGUGCUGCUCUCGUGGCACCAGCAAUUCAAAGACGAUCCCUCGAUGAAGAUGGUCGCUGGCCUCUACCACGCCUGCGGAGGCGGCAAAAAGUCAGAGGCGCAGAGGAAGAACGAAGCAGCCGAGGUGUACCGCAAGCUGCAGGAGAAGCAACGCAUCGAAGCGCAGAUUCGAAGCGACCGCAAGGCUGCCGAGCAGCUGCAAAAGGAAGAGGAGAAGAAGAGCAAGCUGCGAGGAAAAAAGGGCGGCAAACGGCCUACAUUCAACUUUGAGCAGGAGAAGCCGGCCAUCCUGCAGUCGCUCGCCAUCUCGCAGCAGGUCGCCACCUCGCUCGUCAACGCCCUGCAGCACGUCAACCGUGAAAAGGAGAGCAUCACGCAGAAUGCGCGCGUGCAAGACUACUUGGUCAAGACCAAGGUCGAGCGCAAAAAGAUCAUCCGCUACGUGCAGCUCGUCAAGGACGAAGAGUACCUCGGCUCUCUCAUCUCUGCCAACGACCAGAUCAUCUUGGCGCUGGAACUGUACGAUCGUCUCUCGAAGCCCGUCGAGCUUGAUUCGGACGAGGAGGAGGAGCCGCUCGCGGAUAUCUCGGGCUCGGGCCAGACGGCCGAGCAAAAAACGGCAGCACGACUGGCAGCCGACGAUGCCGAGAUCGAGAUGGUGCGCAAGCGGAUCGCAAACGCGCGUCUCAAUGCUCCCGAUAGCGAGCUGGAGAAGCUGCAGACGCGACAGAGGGUGCAGAUUGUCCGUCACAACUCGCGUGUAGGUAGUAUGCGUAGCUUUGAUAUGGGUGAGCAGCCGAUCGGGGCAGGAUCGAGUCAGCGAGCUGCAGGUGGAGCUAUAAACGACCUCAUCGAUCUUGAUUUCCAAGAAGACUCGUCGGGCUAUGCCGCUUCUCACGCGCAGUCGGACGCAAGCCACGGACGACGAGGCAUGACGGCGAGCGAAGCAGCGGGCAGCAGCACGCAGCACGGCGCCCUGUCCGACUACAGCGACUACGAAUCUGAAGACUCGGCGGAUGAACAGGUGCACCAGGCGCCCGGUCGCGCUCGUCAGCUCGCUGCCUCCACCUCGCGUCCCGAGGGUGGGUCGUGGUCCAACCUCAACGAUUCCGACGAGGAGGAAUGGCUGCGUACCACGCAGGGCCACCGGCCCAACAUCGGACCUGGCUUCAGCUGGAACGAGGACGAGGACGCCGACGACGACGACGAUCCAUUUGCCGAUCCGUUUGCCGAUGCCAACAACGCAGCUGCCCCGGGAAGCGGAUGGGGAAUCGAGCGUCCACAGAACCAGCCGCGCAAGGAGUGGGGUGUUGUAUAG